AUGUUUCAGUGCAGAACUAGAACAGGAGAGAAUAAUCAGAACAGGGUGAGAAGAACCAGAACAGGACCAGAAGAACCAGAACCAGACCGGGACCAGAAGAACCAGAACAGGACGAGAAGAACCAGAACAGGACGAGAAGAACCAGAACCAGAACGGGACCAAAAGAACCAGAACAGAACCAGAAUGGGACCAGAAGAACCAGAACAGGGCGAGAAGAACCAGAACAGGACGAGAAGAACCAGAACAGGACGAGAAGAACCAGAACCAGAACGGGACCAAAAGAACCAGAACAGAACCAGAAUGGGACCAGAAGAAUCAGAACAGGACGAGAAGAACCAGAACAGGACGAGAAGAACCAGAACAGGACGAGAAGAACCAGAACAGGACAACAAGAACCAGAACAGGGUGAGAAGAACCAGAACCAGAACGGGACCAAAAGAACCAGAACAGAACCAGAAUGGGACCAGAAGAACCAGAACAGGGCGAGAAGACCAAGAACAGGGCCAGAAGAACCAGAACAGUGCCAGAGGAACCAGAACAGGACGAGAAAAACCAGAACCAGAAUGGGACCAGAAGAACCAGAACAGGAUGAGAAGAACCAGAACAGGACAAGAAGAACCAGAACAGGAUGAGAAGAACCAGAACAAGACGAGAAGAGCCAGAACCAGAACGGGACCAGAAGAACCAGAACAGGACGAGAAGAACCAGUUCCAAAAAUGA